GACACCGUCAACACCAAGGUCGCACGUGCUUCACCCCUUCUCUCACCGAAUAUACGUCCGCGGCGCUGCGCGAUAGGCGGUCGCUAGAACGCGGUCUUGUUUCGAGCUCGGCAUCUUUCGAUUCGCUUCGACCAGCGUUCACGAAGGGUACGACCAACUUCUGAGACCCCAAUUACCUUCCAACAUCGGUACUUAAGAUUCGCAUUACUCGGGACUAGACGUGGGUAAAGCGGCGCGCAAUCGAGACCCUAAAUCUCCACCGGAAACCCAGUCUGGACGAGACGCAGAAAUUCACCUACAGAUUCUCCCGAGGCGCGAGCGAUAUCCCUCACCCACCAUGGCAGACCCGAAGCAAAACCACCUCGCGCAAUUCAAAUAUGCGGCGAUGUCAAAUUUGGUCCUGCAGGCGGACCGGAGAUUCACCAGCCGCCGCGCAGAGGAAGCUACUGGUGACCCAGAGUCGCUAGCAGGUCGCAUAAACAUUCGGGAUAUGGGAGGGCGGACUGCGCGCGACAGCGCACCUACACAAAAGAAGAAGCCAAAGAGCACCUUCGAGGUUGAACGGGGGAGCAUAACUGAGGGUGGUGAUGUGCUAGAGCGAGAGCAGCGGAAGCGGAAGAGGGGAGAUGGGACAGGCGCCUUUGGCGCUGUGAGCACAUCAGACCAGGACCUGGCCAUAGAGGAUCUUCGUUACAAGCCACGGACGCCUGCGACGCGCGCAACUUUCGACCUAAUCACAACGAUCGUAAGUAAGCAUCUUGGGGAUGUUCCGAUGCUGUACACGAGAAGUGCCGCCGACGCUGUCCUGGAAUAUCUGAAGGAUGACGGCAUGAAGGACUUCGAUAAGAAGAAAGCAGUGGAUGAUCUCCUUGGCUCGUCGAUGGGCCCUAAGGAAUUUAACGAACUAGUCAAUCUCGGCAAGAAAAUCACCGACUACGAUGCGCAGGAUGAUGACGAAGACAUGGGUGAAGAUAGAGCAGACGCCGAAGGCCCGGAGAAUGAUGAGAAUCAGGGUGUCGCAGUCGUUUUCGACGAGGAUGAAGACGACGAAGAUGCCGCACAGACCUUCGAAGUGCGAGAGGGCGAUACCACCGACGAGGAGGAAGACGAGGAGAGGCCCGUUGAGCAAAUAGGAGCCGGUGAGGGCAGAGAAGACACGGACCGCGCUCUUGCGGGGGAAGAGGAAAUGAUUAUCCAAGGGGACACAGCUUCGGCAGACCGAACAGCAGGCGUGGAUCAGUUGAUACCAGCGCACGAGAUUGAUGCUUAUUGGUUGCAGAGGCAAGUUGGUCAAGUCUAUGAAGAUGCGCACACUCAACAGGAAAAAACACAAGAUGGGCUCAAAAUAUUAGCCGGGCUAUCGGAAGACGGCGAAGAGAAGCCCCUGCGUGAGAUCGAAAACGACCUUAUGGAGCUUUUCGAUUAUGAACAUCACGAGCUCGUCGCAAAGCUUGUGCUCAACCGGGAUAGGAUUGUCUGGGUCACCAGGUGGAGACGGGCGGCGGAAGACAAUGAUGAGCGAGCGGCCGUCGAGCGAGAAAUGAGGGCUGCGGGUCAGCAACAAAUCCUCCAGGAACUACGCGCUCGUGAAACAGGUACCAAGGCCGAAGGCCCUGGUCUGAAGAAGAUGAAAUUCGAUUUGAGGGACAUCAACAUCCCAGAAGCAUCAAAAGAUGUCGACAUGGCUGAUGCUCCGAGGCCAGAGGGCGUGGUUGGAGGGUUGCAACCGUCCGGCCGACUGGUCAAUCUAGAAAACAUAGUUUUCGACCAGGGAAAUCACCUCAUGACAAAUCCGAGCGUCAAGCUGCCGCAAGGCUCGACGCGUCGCCAAUUCAAGGGCUACGAAGAGAUUCACGUGCCUGCACCCAAGGCACGGCGAGACCCGACCGAGCAGAAGGAUAUGCCUACAUCGGAGCUACCGGAGUGGGCGCGCGUAGGCUUUGGGUCUUCGAAGAACCUCAACCGCAUUCAGACGAAAUGCUACCCUACCGCCUUCAAAGACGACGGUAACAUGCUCAUCUGCGCGCCCACUGGAUCUGGUAAGACGAACGUCGCAAUGCUAGCAAUGCUCCGAGAGAUUGGAAAGCACAGGAAUGCCCGUACUGGCGAGAUCGCCCUCGACGAUUUCAAGAUCAUUUAUAUCGCUCCGCUCAAGGCACUCGUCCAAGAACAGGUGGGCAACUUCGGAAAACGACUAGAACCUUACGGCAUUCGCGUCUCAGAACUGACUGGCGAUCGCCAGCUCACAAAGCAGCAGAUCGCUGAGACGCAGAUCAUUGUCACCACACCUGAAAAGUACGACGUUAUCACUCGCAAAGCCACCGACACUAGCUACAUUAACCUAGUGCGCCUCAUCUGUAUAGAUGAGAUUCAUCUUCUCCACGAUGACCGCGGUCCGGUCAUUGAGAGCAUCGUCAGCCGAACGAUCCGCCGUACCGAACAGACUGGCGAGCCUGUUCGGCUCGUAGGUCUAAGUGCCACGUUGCCGAACUACAAAGAUGUGGCGAGCUUCCUUCGUGUUGAUCCUGAAAAGGGACUCUUUCAUUUUGAUGCAACAUUCCGGCCAUGCCCGCUGAAGCAGGAAUUUAUCGGCGUCACAGACAAGAAAGCUAUCAAGCAGCUGAAAACCAUGAACGACGUAUGCUACACCAAAGUCCUAGAGCAGGUCGGUGAAAAUCGGAAUCAGAUGCUUAUCUUCGUGCACUCCCGUAAAGAGACAGCGAAGACAGCAAAGUACAUCCGCGACAAAGCCCUGGAAUUGGAGACCAUUGGCAAGAUCCUUCGUUCUGAUGGUGCGAGUAGGGAGAUUCUGAGGCAAGAGUCGGAAUCAGUGCAGAACGCUGAACUAAAGGACCUGAUGCCUUAUGGUUUUGGUAUUCAUCACGCCGGAAUGUCCCGUGCCGACAGGACCACCGUAGAGGAUCUAUUUUCCGAUGGUGUUAUUCAAGUCCUCGUCUGCACGGCAACCCUUGCCUGGGGUGUCAACCUUCCGGCUCACACCGUCAUUAUCAAGGGGACCCAGGUAUACUCUCCGGAAAAGGGUAGCUGGGUUGAGCUCAGCCCUCAAGAUGUUUUGCAGAUGCUUGGACGUGCUGGCCGUCCCCAGUUUGACACCUACGGCGAAGGCAUAAUCAUCACUACCCAAGCGGAGAUCCAGUACUACCUCUCGCUUCUGAACCAGCAGCUACCGAUCGAAUCGCAAUUCAUCAGCCGACUGGCGGAUAAUCUCAAUGCGGAAAUCGUGCUGGGCAACGUACGCACCCGAGAUGAGGGCGUUGACUGGCUUGGAUACACCUACCUCUUCGUUAGGAUGCUGCGCUCGCCGGGCUUGUAUCGCGUUGGUCCGGAAUACGAGAACGACACAGUCCUGGAGCAGAGGCGGGUUGAUUUGAUUCAUGCCGCCGCGUAUGUCCUGGAGAAAUGCAAUCUGGUGAAAUACGACAGGAAGUCGGGGGCUCUCCAACCAACGGAGCUCGGGAGGAUUGCAUCCCACUACUACAUCACUCACAACUCUAUGGGGACAUACAAUCUGCACAUCCAGCCCGGUAUCAGCGCGAUUGAAUUAUUCCGAGUCUUCGCGCUCAGCGAGGAAUUCAAAUACAUUCCAGUGCGACAGGACGAGAAGCUCGAGCUGGCGAAGCUUCUUGGGCGAGUUCCUAUCCCGGUUAAAGAAGGCAUUGAGGAGCCUCAGGCCAAGAUUAACGUCCUGCUUCAAGCCUACAUUUCUCGGUUGAAGCUAGAAGGGCUAGCGCUCGUGGCUGACAUGGUGUAUGUCACCCAGUCAGCUGGCCGUAUCCUUCGUGCCAUCUUUGAAAUAUGCCUCAAGAAGGGCUGGUCACAGGUCGCUAAGCUUGCGCUGGACUUGUGCAAGAUGGCUGAGAAGCGGAUGUGGCCGACCAUGUCCCCCCUCCGGCAGUUCCCCACUUGCCCUAGGGACGUCGUCCAGAAGGCAGAGCGUAUCGAUGUACCGUGGUCAAGCUACUUCGGCCUCGAUCCACCAAACAUGGGCGAAUUAUUGGGCAUGCCUAAGGCCGGCAAGUUGAUAUGCGGGCUGGUAAACAAAUUCCCUCGUCUUGAACUGGAGGCAACCCCACGGCCCGUCACAAGAUCAAUGCUACGCCUAGAGCUCACGAUUAGGCCGAAUUUCGAGUGGGACGAGUCGCUUCAUGGGGCUUCUGAAGCCUUCUGGAUCCUUGUCGAAGACUGCGAUGGCGAAGAGAUACUCUUCCAUGAUCAAUUCAUCCUCCGCAAGGACUACGCCGAGGGAGAAGUGAACGAGCAUCUAGUCGAGCUUACGGUGCCUAUCGACGAGCCAAUGCCACCUAAUUACUUCAUCACCGUACUCUCCGACCGUUGGAUGGGCUCCGAGACAAAGCUAGCCGUCUCUUUCCAAAAGCUUAUUCUGCCGGCCAAAUUCCCUCCGCACACUCCGGUCUUGGAUUUACAGUCACUGCCCAUUUCCGCACUGAAGCGAAAGGAAUACAUGGGUCUGUAUGAGGAUAUCGGCCGCUUCAACAAAGUCCAGACACAGGUGUUCACUUCUUUGUACACGCAAGAUGACAAUGUAUUCGUGGGUGCCUCCGCGGGCAUCGGGAAGACCAUCUGUGCCGAAUUCGCAAUCUUGCGACACUGGUCGAGCAACAACGAAGGGCGUAUUGUCUACCUGGCGCCGUUCCAGGAACUCGUUGACAAUCAAUACAAUAACUGGAAUACGCGUUUGUCUGGUCUCGGUGGAGGGAAGGAUGUUGUCAAGCUCACAGGAGAGACCACGGCGGAUCUUCGUUUACUCGAAAAAGGCGACCUCAUUUUGGCCACCCCGACGCAAUGGGAUUCCAUUUCGCGGCAAUGGCAACGCCGCAAGAACGUUCAGUCUGUCGCCCUCCUGAUCGCCGACGACUUGCACAUGCUGGGCGGUGCUGGUGGCUAUGUUUACGAGAUCGUCGUCUCUCGAAUGCAGGCAAUGGCAGCUCAGAUCGAAUCUGGACUCCGAAUCGUCGGCCUCAGCGUCUCUGUGUCGAAUGCUCGGGACAUUGGCGAGUGGAUUGGCGCUAAUAAGCACACCAUCUACAACUUCAGUCCCGGCGUUCGCGCGGUACCCUUGGAGUUAAAGAUCCAGUCCUACACCAUUCCUCACUUCCCGUCGCUUAUGCUGGCUAUGGCAAAACCGACGUACAAGGCCAUCACUCAGCAGUCCCCGGAUAAGCCCGCCAUACUGUUUGUGCCAAGCCGAAAACAAGCUCGCGCGUCCGCAGUGGACCUGCUCUCCGCCUGUGUCGCUGACGACGAUGAGGACCGCUUUCUCAACGCGUCCUUGAAUGAAAUUGAACCCAUUCUUGCCAAGGUCAACGAACGGGCGCUAAUUGAAUCGCUCUCACAUGGUAUUGGCUACUAUCAUGAGGCGCUCAAUUCCUUUGAUAAGAGGGCUGUGCAGCACCUCUUCAAGGUGGGCGCUAUUCAAGUCUUGAUAGUGUCGCGAGAUUCCUGUUGGGAGAUUGACUGCAGCGCUCAUCUGGUCGUCGUUAUGAACACCCAGUUCUUCGAAGGCAGGGAACACCGUUACGUGGACUAUUCGAUCAGCGAGCUCCUCCAGAUGUUUGGCAAGGCUGGCAGAGUAGGACAAGACAAGUCCGCAAAAGGUGUAUUGAUGGUCCCGGCGGUCAAGCGAGACUAUUACAAGAAGUUCCUGAACGAGGCCUUGCCCGUCGAGAGCUACCUCCACGACUAUCUACACGAUGCCUUCGUUGCCGAGAUCAGUGCCAAGACAAUUGAAUCCACACAGGAGGCUGUCGACUGGUCUACAUACACCUACUUCUACCGCCGACUACUCUCGAAUCCGAGCUAUUACAACCUUCAUGACACGUCGCACGAAGGCCUCAGCGCUCAUCUAUCGGAAUUGGUGGAGCAGACACUAAAAGAUUUGGUCGACGCGAACCUCAUCGAGCAUGAUGAAGAAGAGGAUGCCAUCCAGCCUCUCAAUCCAUGCAUGAUAGCAGCAUACUAUAAUAUCUCCUUCAUCACCAUGCAGACGCUCAUGAUGUCGCUCAACGGAAAGACCAGUCUCAAGGGCGUCCUGGAGAUUAUCACUGCAGCUACUGAGUUCGAAGAUAUCCAAAUCCGGCGCCACGAAGAGCACAUCCUCAGCCGCAUCUACGAUCGCGUACCGUAUAAGAUGCAGGACGCGAGCUUUGAGACUCCACACUUCAAAGCUUUUGUCUUGCUGCAAGCACACUUCUCGCGCAUGCAGCUACCGAUCGAUCUGGCGAAGGAUCAAGAAAUCGUCGUCCGGAAAGUCCUCAAUAUUCUCAGUGCAAGCGUCGACGUGCUUUCGUCAGAAGCACAUCUCAAUGCGCUGAGUGCAAUGGAGCUCUCUCAGAUGGUCGUCCAAGCCAUGUGGCAGAAGGACUCUCCGCUCAAGCAGAUUCCGCACUUUGACAACGACACCAUCAAGGCAGUGCAGAAGUUCGGCAUCAACGACAUCGAUGACUUCAUCAACGCCAUGGACGAGGACGAGAACCCCGACUAUAAGUCUCUGCUCAAGGCCAUGCAGUUGGACGGCCGCCAAAUCCAGGAAGUCGCCACGUUCACGAACGAGUACUACCCCAACCUGGAGCUUGAGCACGAAGUCGUCGAUCCGGAUGAGAUCGCUACCAACUCUCCUACGCAAAUCAGGGUCAGGAUUACGCGCAAUCUCGAAGAGGACGAGCAGCCGAAGACAGAGGUUCAUGCGCCAUUUUAUCCCGCGGACAAGACCGAGAGCUGGUGGCUCGUAGUUGGGGAUCAGCGCGAACAUACGCUACUGGGUAUCAAGAAGGUUACGAUUGGCAGGAAACUAGAGACUAUGCUCGAGUUUACGCUUGAGCAGCCGGGUGAACAUGAGUUGACGCUAUUCUUAGUUAGCGAUAGUUAUCUAGGUGUCGACCAGGCGCCGACGUUUACGGUGAAUGCUGCUGAGGGCAUGGAGGAGGAUGAAGAGGAAGAGGAGGAGGAGUAAAUGAUUUCCCGUCGAGCACAAAAACUACAAAUCAUGUCUGUGUAUGGCGCGGUCAGUGGCAUAUUUGCUUUGUGCAAAAGGCGUUCGGAAUGUGCCUUGUGGCACGACAUAAGAUCUUUUAUGUAGGAGAAAUAGAGUUCCAAAAUCAGCG